UCCUCCCGGCACCCCACCAUGGGCAAUACCUCCAGUGACUACCAGCCGCAGGAGCUCUGCGAAACUCGACAGUGGCUCCCCUCCGGCGAAAGCCCAGCCAUCAGCUCUGUGAUGUUCUCUGCCGGGGUGCUGGGGAACCUCAUUGCGCUGGCACUGCUGGCGCGCCGCUGGCGGGGGGACACGGGGCACAGCGCCAGCCGCGGGUACUCCAUCUCCUUGUUCCACGUGCUAGUGACCGAGCUGGUGUUCACCGACCUGCUCGGGACCUGCCUCAUCAGCCCCGUGGUGCUGGCUUCGUAUGCACGGAACCAGACCCUGGUGGCACUGGCGCCCGAGAGCCGCGCGUGCACCUACUUCGCCUUUGCCAUGACCUUCUUCAGCCUGGCCACGAUGCUCAUGCUCUUUGCCAUGGCCCUGGAGCGCUACCUAUCCAUUGGGCACCCCUACUUCUACCAGCGCCACGUCACGCACCGCAGAGGCCUGGUGGUGCUGCCUGCCAUCUACACCGUCUCGCUGGUCUUUUGCUCCUUGCCACUGCUGAACUACGGGCAGUACGUCCAGUACUGCCCCGGGACGUGGUGCUUCAUCCAACACGGGGAGACCGCGUACCUGCAGCUUUACGCCACCCUGCUGCUGCUCUUCAUCGUCGCAGUGCUCGCCUGUAACUUCAGUGUCAUUCUCAACCUCAUCCGCAUGUACCGCCGGGGCAGGAGAAGCCGCUGCGGACCCUCCUCGGGCAGCGGCCGCAGCGGCCCUGGGAACCGCAGGAGAGGGGAAAGGGUGUCCAUGGCGGAGGAGACAGACCACCUCAUUCUCUUGGCUAUUAUGACCAUCACCUUCGCUGUCUGCUCCCUACCUUUCACGAUUUUUGCAUACAUGAAUGAAACCUCUUCCCGAAAAGCAAAGUGGGACCUGCAAGCUCUUAGAUUUUUAUCAAUUAAUUCAAUAAUUGACCCUUGGGUCUUUGUCAUCCUUAGGCCCUCUGUUCUGAGACUAAUGCGUUCUGUCCUCUGUUGUCGGGUUUCAUUAAGAACACAAGAUUCAACACAAACUUCCUGUUCUGCCCAGUCAAAUGCCAGUAAAUAGACUGACCUCUGUGGACAGCAGCUAAGAGUGCUUAUUAGCCAGCAUCUGGAAGAUCAUUCUGAAAUGGCUCCUUGGAGAAAUGAGAAAAGUUGGUUUGUAAACAAAAUGAAGCUAUCCUAAUAAAACAGAGUAAACACACAUUUUAGCAAUGGGUUGGGCUACAGACGUGCUGACAAGACACUUCAUGGAAGGUGUCAGAAGGAUCUAUAAAACCUACCCUCCAUAAGCAUGUCACAUGACCUUUAGAAGAACAACCAACUGCAUUUAAUAUCCAGUUGCCUUUUGAUUUAAGCUCUCCUGUGGAACAAGAAAGCAUGUGGUUUUGUCAUUUGUUUAAAGCCCUAAAUAGUUACUGUGUGUUCUCUAUUUUAAUCUUCUGUUCUUCUGUGUUACUACUGUUAUAAACAUACAGUGUACAGUCAGACCAGAUGAAACUUCAUAUACAUUCUCUAGCAAGUUGAUAUGUAGAAACAACAAACCUGGUGUUUUGUGACUGUUUAACGAACUAUCUUUGGACAAUGAGUCUGAAAAUCAUAGUCACUUUGUAUUAUAAUGUUUGUGUGUGUGGGAGUACUCUUUUGUCACUAUUACUCAUACUAAAUGGAAUUCUCAUCAGUAUUACUUGUGGAACAGUAGGCUCAGUUAAUGUCAGUUUUUUCACUAGUCCUCCAGAAGCUAUGUGUCAAAGUGUCAGGUUAUUUAUUUUAUAAUGUCCAUUGUGCUAGUAAUCAAGAAAACUUAAGGAAUUUUCCUCUCAACAAGAAAUAAUAGGCUAUUAAGAAAGUUGAUUCUGAUUAUUACUCUUCAUUCUAUUUCUAGGGGAGGCUAUACGAAGAUUGGACAAUUAAGUUCACCAACUUGCACCAUGUACGUGCACAGUGGAAAGUUCACGAACUCAAUUGUCCUACCUUUUUGGAUGUGGCAAUGUCUGAAGCUAUAUAUUAGGAUUAAAAACUGAAAAAUCUGAUCAAUUCUUCAGAUACACUGGAACCCUUUUAAUGCUGAUGUGAGGCCAUGACUAACAUCUACUUUAUAAGAUGACUGUGUUGUAGCAAAAUUCAUCUGUCUGUAUUUUUAUCCAGGAAACAUGGUUUGACUCAUACUACAUAGGAAAUCAUGUAACAAUGAGUCACAUAGUAAUGUAUUUUUAAAUCUAAAAGUUUGAUAUGGUGUAAACUCAGCAUCAAAAUAUUUCAGUGAAUUUGCACUGUUUAAUCAUAUCUUAGUUACUGUGCAAACUCAUUUGAAAUGUUACAACAAUAAACCAUAAAACAAAAAUUUGAAAAUGGAAUUUCCCCAAAUAACAUUUUAUAGUUACUUUUCCAAUGAGAUAAAAGCAGAAAAAUUAUAUUUAAUUUGGCAGGUUUUUAAAGCAUCGUUGCAUUUUAAAUUAGAGUUUAAAAUAGUCAAUAUAGUACUUGGUAAGUGGAUUUUUUUUCCUUACAGAAUAAUGUUUAAAAUAGUAGAGCCAUCUUAUAUUUUUUUCAGUGUGAUUACAAGAUAGCUGUUAUAAAAAAACAAAAAGACAUGUUAGUUCCAAAGUCUCAUUGAGUUGCUUAUGUAAAACCAUUUCCUAUAAGUAGUUAUCAAAACUAGAUGAUCACUUAGGGUUUUUCCAAACCAUUCUAAGCAUCAGUGUAUUUUGACACAAUCUAUGUCAA